AUGCCUACCCAGCACUCCGCUCCAUAUCCUGUUGUUCUGUCCCACCCUAGCGUUGAAGUCACCCAGCAGAAAGAUCUUGCCGUUCCCGGGGAUGCGGCUGUCAGGCUGUGUGGUGUCGGGCUGUGUGGUGUCGGGCUGUCAGGCUGUGUGGUGUCGGGAUGUGUGGUGUCGGGCUGUGUGGUGUCGGGCUGUGUGGUGUCGGGCUGUGUGGUGUCGGGCUUUGUGGUGUCGGGCUGUGUGGUGUCGGGCUGUGUGGUGUCGGGCUGUGUGGUGUCGGGCUGUGUGGUGUCGGGAUGUGUGGUGUCGGGCUGUGUGGUGUCGGGAUGUGUGUUGUCGGGCUGUGUGGUGUCGGGCUGUGUGGUGUCGGGCUGUGUGGUGUCGGGAUGUGUGGUGUCGGGCUGUGUGGUGUCGGGCUGUGUGGUGUCGGGCUGUGUGGUGUCGGGCUGUGUGGUGUCAGGCUGUGUGGUGUCAGGCUGUGUGGUGUCAGGCUGUGUGGUGUCAGGCUGUGUGGUGUCGGGCUGUGUGGUGUCAGGCUGUGUGGUGUCGGGCUGUGUGGUGCUGUCAGGCUGUGUGGUGUCGGGCUGUGUGGUGUCGGGCUGUGUGGUGUCGGGCUGUGUGGUGUCGGGCUGUGUGGUGUCGGGCUGUGUGGUGUCGGGAUGUGUGGUGUCGGGAUGUGUGGUGUCAGGCUGUGUGGUGUCGGGCUGUGUGGUGUCAGGCUGUGUGGUGUCGGGCUGUGUGGUGUCGGGCUGUGUGGUGUCAGGCUGUGUGGUGUCGGGAUGUGUGGUGUCAGGCUGUGUGGUGUCAGGCUGUCAGGCUGUGUGGUGUCGGGCUGUGUGGUGUCAGGAUGCUGUCAGGCUGUGUGGUGUCGGGCUGUGUGGUGUCAGGCUGUGUGGUGUCGAAGCGAGACAUUAA